CGGCAUAAGGAAAUGCGAUUUGACAAAAAAUUGGAAUUGGGUCACGUCCGGCUGCAGUGUGAACGUAGCCGACGUCAUCUGUUUUCUCUUUGGACUUCCAGGAAUGCUUUUCCAGAUAGUUCUGAGCACUUCUUUUAUCUUUGCUUCUCUCUCUCUCUUCUUUGCCUCCCACCUUCAUCCAAAGCAACCCCUCCUCCUCUUCUUCCUCUCUUCAACAUAGCAGACGCCCCCUUGACCUCAGAUGACAGCAGAGCAGUGGCCCACCCUGCUCUGGGUAAAGUCUUCCAGACCCCUGCAGACACUCACCAGCAGGACUUUCCUUUCUUCUGCAUUCUGCACCAGCGUCAGAGAGAAGCCGGACUCACCUAGAAGGAUCUCGGCUCGUCAUGAGCAGAAGUGGACCCAGCAUGGCAUCCCAGAGCCCAGCGCUCCCACCGUCCUUCUCUCCUGGGACAGACAGCGUCUUCUCUGACCAGUCAGGCUUCUAUUCACUCGACUCCAACGUUCCUGGACUCUCUAAAGUGAUUCUCAAGCAGCUCAGCAUGAAGGACUACGGAGAAUACAGAGCUGCUGUGCAGGGAAAGACUAAAGGACUCCGGUUCCGCAACUACAAGGAGAUGUUCCAGAAGAUGGAGGAAACCUUCAAGUUCUGCGCCAGCUGCAACAAACUCCCGGAGCGUCUCGCCGAGGGACAGACCCUGAAGCGCUGUGGGAAGUGUUUGAAUGUGUACUACUGCACAAAGGACUGUCAGAAAAAGGACUGGCCUCAUCACAAGAAGGUCUGCAAAAUCCUGCGAUUGGUGGCCAUUGACCGCUUGGUGGAGUGGCUGAUGUUCACUGGAGAUCUUCCAUUCCCAACUGAGAAAUGGUCCAAAGGACCUGCAGAUGUGAAGGGUUGGGACGACUGGCUUCCCAUGCAGGAGGGGCUCACCCAAAGUCUGGACAGAAUCCUAUCCAGCGCCAACAUGGCAACUCUGUGGCAGAACGCCGGCAGGGCCCGACCGGACGAUGGCGACCUGAGACAGUCCUUGUGGAGGAUUCAGAGCGAAUUCCUAUCUCGGGUUCUGACCGUUGGAAGGGCGAUUCAACAGUUUGGGCUGGACCCGUAUCUGAAGCCUCUCACCGUUCACAUCGUAGGGGCCUCUCACAGUGAGACUAUGGGAGCCAGGCUGACUGACUAUGACGAGCUGAGCCACAUGUUUCCUGGACACCAGGGCAUUGAGAUAGUGAUGGUCGGCCCUGAGGUGGUGGACGGCCGCAUCGUGAGACCUCCGCUCAGAGCAUUUGGCCCCAAGCACAAGGUGUACAUCAGUGCCUACAAGGGCCUCUACCAUCAGUUCUGGGAGGAUGUGGUGGAGAAAGGGGAAGUUGCCAGGCCAGACGUUGUAGUCGGAUUCCACCCAGGUUUUCAUGCCAACCAGGGUUUGGUGCAGGGCUGGCUGCCCUCCCUCUUGCUGCUCAGAGACUACAGCAUCCCGUCUUUCUUCACUACCCAGCCAGCACACCUAGUGACCUGGAGCUCCAGUAUUCCCUGCAGAUCCUGCUGGAGCUGGAGAUGCACAUCCGAGGCAGCGGGCCCAGUCCGUUCAGCUCCCAGAAACCGGAGCAGGUCCAGACCUGUCCUAACAAACCGCCGGUCUACUGCAACUCCCACUGGGUCUGCUUCCAGGGCCUCCUGCCUCAGGAUGACCUCCAGGGGUCACUUAAUGAUGAGACGGAGGGUUUUUUGUUCUCAUGCAGUCUGGAACGCUCUGGGGUUGUCAGACGUUUCCAGAAGCCUGGAGCAGGUGUUAAAUCUGCAGGCUGCUCAGAUAUCAAGCCCAGCAGGAGAAGCAGCUGAGCAGCGUCUGUUUUACACCAUUAGCAGCUUCAGAAUGACGGAGACUCAGAGCACCGUCCAGCUGGCCCCAGCUAAACCUCUGGCCUUCCACUCGCAGAAGGAAAUGUUUGAGAAAAUGGAGGAAUCUUUUAAAAUCUGUGCGUUCUGUGAGAAACGACCUGAACAACUUUCAGAGUCUCAGAGUUUGAAGCGCUGUGCCAGGUGUCUAAAUGUUUAUUACUGCUGUAAAGGCUGUCAGAAGGAGGAUUGGUCCAAACACAAGAAGUUCUGCCCACAGCUGCGUUUAGCUGCAAUUGACAGAGUUGUUGAAUGGCUUCUGUUCAAAGGCGACCUUCCGUUCCCCACAGAGAAGUGGUCAAAGCCGGGGUCAGAGGUGAAGACCUGGGACGACUGGCUCUCCAUGCAGGGCAAUCUCUCUGCCCGCCUCGACGCCGUCGUCGGUGGAGCCAACCUGAAGGAUUUAUGGGCCGACGCUGGCCGGCCCCGACCCGCUGACGAUGAUCUGAAGCAGUCGCUCUGGAGGGUGUGCAGUGAGUUCUUCUCGAGGCCCCUGACCGUGGCCCUGGGCCUCAGGCUGUUUGGCCUCAGCCCAGCCUCCCGGCCCCUCACCGUCCACCUGGUGGGGGCGGGGCCCGCAGAGACGCUGGGGGCCAAGCUGAGCGACUACGACGAGCUGAACCACGUGUUCCCUGGACACCAGGGCAUCGAGGUGGUCCUGGUGGGGCCCGAGGUGGUGGACGGCCCCAUCCUGAGGCCUCCUCUUCGAGCCUUCGGUCCCAAGCAGCGGGUCUACGUCAGCGCCUACAGGGGCCUCUACCACGACUUCUGGGAGGAGCUGGUGGAGAAAGAGGAGGCAGCCAAACCGGACCUGGUGGUUGGUUUCAAUCCAGGUUUGGAUGCCAGUCAGGGUUUGGACCAGGGCUGGCUCCCAACUCUUCUGCUCCUCCGCGAUUAUGAGAUUCCCUCCAUGUUCACCACGCUCACGGAGACAGAUAUGACCUACGCUCUGCAAAUCCUGCUGGAGCUGGAGGUGGACGUGAAGGGAAGUGGAGCCAACCCGUUUGCCUCUCUGAAGCCAGAGGUUGUCGGUUCAACACCCAACAAGCCUCCUGUCUUCUGCAACUCGCACUACUUCAGCUUUCAAGGUUUACUGGAAACGGCAGAGCUGGAGGAGCCAGAGUCGACCUGAAGGGGGCGCCAGUGGAAAAUUGACCUGAUGGAUAGAAGCAGGUCUACACUGUAAAGAAUGAGGUUCAAAACGCUUCCUGCCGUGACGGCGUUCAUGUCUGAGUAGGAACAUUUGGUGCAGGUGUAAGGGUUGUGCCUGUAGCGUCUGUAGCCAAACACGGUCCAGAGGAUGACAGCAAGCAGGUACAGCAUCACCGCCACCAUGUUGAACACCAACUCCACCAGGUUCAGCCUGAACACCAGCAGACACUGCAGAAGCUUCAGCAGGUUGAGGACGAUGAUGGCCGCCGUGACCAGGAGGCAAACUCCAAAGAUGACGGCGCACAGCGUCAUCCCGAAAGGUUUGUAGAACCAUUCGCCUCUCACAAAAUGGUCGACGGCAGCGGUGAGGAUCAUGCAGCCGACGAAUGCCUCCAAUAUGCGGAGAGUUCCUCUCAGGCUGGACAUGUAGCCGCUGCCGAACGCCGUCUUCUGCUUGACGACGUCCACCAGAAAGCUCGCCGUGGCGAGCAGCGAGAAGACGAAGCACAGGACGUUUGCGAUGCAGGUGAGGCAGACGAAAACGGCGGCGAAGGCCAGCGUGGCGGAGACCACGCAGAUGCAGCACACAGCUGUCAGGCCCAGGGUCAGGUCGGCCCAGUUGGGGAGGAAGGCCGCCAGCAGGAUGUGCCAACCUCUGCUCUCCACCAGGAGCAGCACCAAGGGGACGACGAUGCACAACACCCAGACGAACUCACAGCAAACGCCCCAGGGGACGACCAUCCUGCCUCUGAACAGGACGACGGCCAGAGCCAGAGCGCUGGAUAUCAUCUCCACCAGGCGAAUAAUCCCCUGGAAGCUGGAGAACGGGCCACACAUGCUGCCCGGUUCGGGUUUCCAGGUUCUUCUGAGGAAGAAGCUGCGUUCACUCCAGAACUGGAGGAUGAACCGUUUCUGCCGUCGUAAUAAAACUCCAGCAGUGAGAUCUGCUUUGUAUUCAAAUGUGUGAGUCAGUCCCAGUGUGUGCACAUGGAAAUGAUCAAACUGACCAGAACUGCAGUUGGAACAAAGUAAAAUGAACAACUAGUUUCUCAAACUGAAGAUCACUUUACCUGUUUCACAAACACUCACCUAACUUCAAAUCAUCUCAAUAUAUGAUACAACCUGAAAUGAAAAUAUUAGCCUCUUAAGUCACUUGUUAUCAUGAGCAAUUCAUCUCUGGGCAUUUUGAGUUAUUUUCAUAUAUUAAGCUUUCCAAUAAUGUCAAACACAUGGAAAUAAAAGAAGCAGCUACCAAGUGCAUUUAUAACAUUUAGGCUUAUUUUUCCUAAAUGUUAGGCAGAAACAAAAAUUAUCUUCUGUAAUGUUAUACUGUAUAUAAAAAAUAAACACCUAUGUAUUUAUCUAUUGUAUUUAACUAAUUAAAUUCUAUAAUGUUUUGUUAAAUAACAAAAUAAAAACUGUUGAGGUGCAACCAGAGCAGCAUUAGAAAGCAAAGUUAAAAAUAACAGAACCGUGAAUCCUACAGUUCACGUCAUAGAACUGUUCAAAAGAAUCAAUCAUCAAUGAACGACACAUGAACACUCUGAUUCCUCUGAUCGCUUAAAUUUUUCUGCUGUUGUUUCCUUUCCACCGAUGUCUUCAGUUUUUCUUUUAAGCCACUUUUCUAUUAUUAUAUUUAACCACAAUAUCAGGUUUAAAUAACUACUUUUUGUUUUACUGUAGAAUAAUUUUGAUACUUGUUUCAAAUUUCAGUUUUUUUUUAAAAAAACUCUACUUUAUUCAACUCUGACAAAAUUAAUAAAAGAUUAACAUAACUCAAACAUUUAGGUUCAAAAUCUAAAACUCGCAAAAUUUAUUUGACUUAAAAAGCAGAAGAUAGUAGACACAACUAAAUGCAGCUCAAAAUAAAUGUUUUACAGUGUGAUAAGUCACAUGUUCAGAUCAAAGGACAGAGACAUGCAGCUUUCACCUCACUUUAUACUGGAGUUACAACACAGCAUCUUUAGAAAUAUCGUUAAAAAUAUCAGUGGAGCUUUUCUGUAUAUUCAAGUCAAAUUUCUUGCCAUACUAUCAAAAGUCGUAAUGUUUAUGUUCGCUUAAAGCCACAGAUGCCGAGAAGCGUAAAAAUCAGGUCCACCGUAAAAAGGAUGAGAUUCACAUAAGUAAAAAAUGCAACCAUGAACUGAAUGGCCCAAAUACAGAAGCUGGGGGGGCAGUCGCUGGGACGCGGAUUGUGUCUGAACAUGAAAAUGGGCCACAUGAUGGCUGUGAAUAUGUACAGCACAACUGAGAUCACCAGGAAAACAAAGACGAACCGGUCCAGGUUAAAGGGCAAACAGUUCUUCAGCUUUUUUAGGAUGUUGGUGGCUAUGAUGAGAGGCAGGAUGGGGAAAGGGAUGAUGUACGCGAUGACGCAGAAGAUCAGCGCCGGCUUGUCUCUGUAACCGGUGAGAGACACAAAAAUCAUGCAGCUCACGAAGGCCUCCAGAACCUUCCAGAACCCGGGAAGAGCUGCCAGGUAGCUCCCUUUCUUCUUGUCCAGGAACUUGUCCUUCACCACUUCCAGCAUGUAGAGGAAGCCACACAGGAAGGCGAACACGCUCACUAUCCAGCCGUAGAGGCAUUUCAGGCAGGCGUAGAAGUUGGCGUAAGUUAUGGCGACGGAGACGGUCAUGAGAGAGGAGGACAUGGCCAUCCCUGUGGUGAAGUCGUCCCAGUCCAUGCAGAACAGGUUAAGGAUUAUAUGGAGCCCAAACAGCUCGAUGACGGUGAUGAUGAGGGUCAUGAUGGGGCAGAAGGCCCAGGUGAACAUGGCGUAGAUCCAGUACGUAUGGCUGCUCCCUCCUCUCAACAAACCCAGGACAAAGGUGACCAGACACAGAACGAUC